AUGGAGCAUACGGUUAACAUAUGGUAUUUUGUGUUGUACUGGACAUACAGGAAAUCGCCCACAAACCGAACAGUGUCCAAACCAGCCAGUGACUCUCGAUCUCGAUCACGGUCUCGCUCGCGAGGCCGCUCGAGGUCGAGGUCAUCCCGGUCAAGGUCGUCAUCGUAUUCGUCCCGCUCCGGUUCUCGAUCAAGUUCCCGGUCCUCUCGCAGCUAUUCCUCGUAUUCCUCUCGAUACUCUUCAUCUCGCUCACGAUCUCGCAGCCGAUCACGUUCACGCAGAAGAGGAAGCUCGCCACCGGCGCUUGUUCGAGUCAUCGUUGGCGGGCUGACGAGGAACGUGAAUAAAGAACAUGUGCAUGAGAUAUUUUCAUCCUACGGAAAAAUUGACCGAGUAGAGCUCCCACUCGAUGAAAAGAGUGGUGUCCACCGAGGCCGGGCUUACGUUUAUUAUCACAAGCAGGCUGAUGCGAAAGAGGCCUUAGAUUAUCUAAACGGGGCCCCAAUAGAUGGUUGUCAAAUCACAUGUGUGAUUAGCACACCUAUGACAACGAAUAAGGAUCGCUACAGGAAAGACAACAUUGUCCAAAGGAGAAGAUCUUCCCCACCACCUGUCCGCUCAAGCUCGGGUCGGGACGGACCACGCAGACCGGUAAGACGGUCACCUGUAUAUAGGCGCAGUGGUAGUCGAAGACCGUCACCUCGAAGAAGUAGGGCAGAACCGGCUACCCGAUCAGAUGUAGCAAGAAGAUAA